AUGUUGCAGCAACAGCGGAAUGCCCAGCAGCAAUACAUGCGCCAGCAACAGCAACACAUGCUCCAGCAGCAAGGUGGCAUGGGCAUGGGUUUCCCGAACCAGAUGCCGAACAUGACUCCGCAACAGGUGGCCACUAUGAGGCAACAGAUGGGAACACAGCCUUUCGUGAACCUUCCCCAACACCUCCAGCUUCAGCAACAGCAGCAGCAAAUGCAGAACCAGCAGCAAGGCGGCCCACAACAGGCUGCGGCCAUGGCACAAGCGCAAGCAGCGCACCAGCAGCAACAACAUCAAAUGCAACAACAACAGCAACAUCAAGCGCAGGUGCAAGCCAUUGCAAUGCAGCAAGCACAUUCUCAACAGAGCAAUCACAGUCAGAAUGCGAAUUCGGGACCUCCAACCUCGCAAACCCAGCAAGGACCUCUUCGUCCGCCAUCAGCCAUGAGCCACCAAGGGCACGCCUCUCCUAUUCCUCCUCCCACCCCACAACAGCCACCACCUCAACAGCCUCCGCCCCAACAGCAGCAGCAACAGCAACAACAGCAGCAGCAGCAGCAGCAACAACAACAGGCACAACAGGCACAACAGGCCCAACAACAAGCACAACAGCAAGCCCAGCAACAGGCGGCUCAGCAGCAGGCACAACAGCAGCAGCAGCAGCAGCAGCAGCAGCAGCAGCAAGCCCAACAACAGCAGCAACAGCAACAGCAGCAGCAACAAGCCCAACAGCAGGCACAGCAACAACAACAGCAGCAGCAAUCUGGCCCACAGCCAGGACAGCAGACACCGGCUCCCUCGCAGCCCCAAAGCUUACCGCAGCAGCCAAAUCAGCAACAGCCAAACCCUGCACAAAUCCAGCGAAAUCCAGCCAUGGCGCAACAAGCGCAACAGCAAGUUCAGGCACAGGCAUCCCAGGUUCAACAAGUGGCGGCCCGGAACAUGGCCAUGAUGAAGCAGGCACAAGCUGGCGCGACUGGCGGCACUGGCAUGCUGAAGCUGAUGAACUUUGUCGCCGAAAUGGGAAAAUUUGGCACUGCCGAUAUGCAAGGGAACACUGUGGAACGAUGGCAGUCCUUCGUCGAGAAGUUCUUCUCGGUGACAGGGUCAUUCAUACACUGCGUCUUUUCCACUGGAUCGGAGAGGACCAAACAGUUCGAGAUUGUGUAUGCUGCUUUGCCGCGCUACUUCUUCACAUUGUUCAACACCGACGUUACCAACCUUCAAAUCACCCUGGACGGAUCUGCGGAAAAGGCAUCAGGAUCUGAGCUCAAAGUCACCUGCGACCGCGCCAAGUUCAUCUACACUUACAGGAAUCAAUGCCAAGUUGUCUAUCGGGGAAAGCUCACAGCUUUCUGGUCCGAAUCAGAAAAGAUGGAGUGGCUGCAAUUUGAAGGCGAAGGCCAUCAAGAGUACAUACCCCAUUCAGUGCUUAAGAGCCUGAUUGUUCACCCCUCGCCAAACCAGCAAAACCCAAAUCAAUCGCCACGGAUGAGCAAGAACGCAAAAUUGAAGCAGCAACGAGGCAUGGAAGCUCCGGAACCCUUUAUUCCAAUAUCCAAAUUGCCAUCCGCUGGCGUGACGGAUCUGGGCUUGCCACCUGUGCUGCAAAGCUACCUCGAGAUAUACGAAACGAUGAACAACAUGACGAGCCUAAUGGCUCACUAUCAAGAACAUAGCAACAUGGUCCCGACUGAAGCCCUCGAGCACUGGAUAUCAAGUAGAGACCCGGCGUCCAUGGGCCAAGCGAACUCAAUGCCGCAACCAAACAUGCCACCAGGAGCACGACCACCCGGGCCUGGUCAGCAAGGCCCACCAAUGUUCAUGUCCCCACACCUGCAGAACCAGCUUCUUCCGAAUGGCAUGAACGGAUCCCCCGGCAUGAUGCACACUCCGUCGCCCAACUCCCAUGCUAUGGUUAAGCAGCAAAGUACAAGCUCCCACACUGCUAGCGUCAACACAUCGCCAAACAUGGCAGGCAAGCGGCGGAGAAGUACUGCCAAAAUGGACAUGGACGAUGGUGACGGGAUGAACGGCACCAAAGUCAAGCAAAGCCCACGGGUGGGAGGCAACAAGAGGAUGAAGAACUAA